UCUACGCCUGGCUGGACCGGCUCCCGCUCAGCCGCCCCAAGCGCCGCCUGGCCCGGGACUUCAGCGACGGCGGUGAGGGCGGGCGAGGGCCCCGAGGCGGAGAUGGAUAUGGCCGGCCAGGCGGAUGGCCAGGGAAGGGCCAGUGUCUCGGGAAGGGACCCAGGUCCCCGGGCUCCCUGCGAAGUGCUGAAGAUCCCGGAGCAGGCUGAUGCUGGCGGAGAUCGUGAAGCACUUCCACCCCCAGCUCGUGGACCUGCACAACUAUGUGCCCACCUGCAACACUGACCAGAAGCUCAGCAACUGGAGCGUGCUCAACAGGAAAGUCUUUCACAAGCUGCAUUUCUGUGUCUCAGAGGCGGAUAUCCGAAAGGUGGUGGCCAACGUGCCUGGGGCCAUCGAGCCCAUCUUGUGUGCGCUUCGGGAAAAGGUGGUGGAUUGCAGCACUGGCCCAGAGGACCCACCCAGCACAGCCGACCCAGGAGUCUCCAGGGCCGAUGUUGACGGACCGUGCGUGGGGCUCACCACCCCUCCACACGCUGGCCUGCUGAGCCCCCCAGUACCCUCCAGCGUGAAGACCCUCCUGAGUCAGAGGGCUCCGGAGAAGAUGGGCCCCUGUGUUUGCAGAGGUCGGGGCCCAGCUGGUGGGCCCUGGGAGCACCUGGAGCCUGGAGUGCAGCAGAGGCUGGAGGAAAAGGAGCAGGCACUGGCCAUUCUGCAGGAGACGGUCCAGAUUUUGCAGAUGAAGGUGGUGAGGCUGGAGCACCUGGUCAGGCUGAAGGACCAGCGGAUUGCGGAGCUGACGAGACGCUGGGAUGAGCUGAUGAAUGAGGCCGCAGAGAAAGGCUCCUCCGAGAGGGUGGCCACCCUGCCCGAGUCAGCCAGACCCUGAACUAACUACUUGAACGCAUGUGGGACUCCCCCGGACUAGGGCUUCCAGAUGUGGCCACACACUGUCCAGCAGUCUCGGAGGGGACACUGCAAAGGGCUGGGGGUCGGGGCUCAGUGUGUGGCGUUCACGGGCGUCCUGGCAGCUCCCAGCCGGUGUCUCCUGAGCUUUAUCCCCACUGACCAGUCUGGACGUGAAGACCUGGGUCUGGUUCCCUUGCGCCUGGA